AUGCCAACUGUCAUUAGCGCAUCUGUGGCCUCGCGGACAGGGGCUGAGCCCAUGUCCCCAGGGCCGGUUGCGCAACCAGCCCAGGGCAAGACCACCGAGUCAGGGGGCGGAAAUCCAAGUGGCAUCUAUUCAGCCAUCAUCAGCCGCAAUUUUCCUAUCAUCGGAGUGAAAGAGAAGACAUUUGAGAAGCUUCGCAAGAAAUGUCUAGAAAAUAACGUUCUUUAUGUGGAUCCUGAGUUCCCGCCGGAUGAGACUUCUCUCUUUUAUAGCCAGAAGUUCCCCAUCCAGUUCGUCUGGAAGAGACCCCCGGAAAUUUGCAAGAAUCCCCGAUUUAUUAUUGGUGGAGCCAACAGAACCGACAUCUGUCAAGGAGAUCUAGGGGACUGCUGGUUUCUCGCGGCCAUUGCUUGCCUGACCCUGAACGAGCGCCUGCUUUUCCGAGUCAUACCCCACGAUCAGAGUUUCACGGAAAACUACGCUGGGAUCUUCCACUUCCAGUUCUGGCGCUAUGGAGACUGGGUGGACGUGGUUAUUGAUGACUGCCUGCCAACUUACAACAAUCAACUGGUUUUCACCAAAUCCAACCACCGCAAUGAGUUCUGGAGUGCUCUGCUGGAGAAGGCUUAUGCUAAGCUCCACGGUUCCUAUGAAGCCCUGAAAGGUGGGAACACUACAGAGGCCAUGGAGGACUUCACAGGAGGGGUGACAGAGUUUUUUGAGAUCAAGGAAGCUCCCAGUGACAUGUACAAGAUCAUGAAGAAAGCCAUCGAGAGAGGCUCCCUCAUGGGCUGCUCCAUUGAUGAUGGCACAAACAUGACCUAUGGAACCUCUCCUUCUGGGCUGAAAAUGGGGGAUUUGAUUGAACGGAUGGUGAGGAAUAUGGAUAACUCACGGCUCAGGGACUCAGACCUCAUCCCCAGAGACUCAGAUGACAGACCAAGCCGGACAAUUGUUCCGGUUCAGUAUGAGACAAGAAUGGCCUGUGGGCUAGUCAGAGGCCAUGCCUACUCGGUCACUGGGCUGGAGGAGGCCUGGUUCAAGAAUGAGAAAGUGAAGCUCGUGCGGCUGCGGAACCCCUGGGGCCAGGUGGAGUGGAAUGGCUCCUGGAGUGAUAGUUGGAAGGACUGGAGCUUUGUGGACAAAGAAGAGAAGGCCCGUCUGCAGCACCAGGUCACUGAGGACGGAGAGUUCUGGAUGUCAUAUGACGAUUUCAUCUACCAUUUCACAAAGCUAGAGAUCUGCAACCUCACAGCCGACGCCCUAGAGUCUGACAAGCUUCAGACCUGGACCGUGUCCGUGAACGAGGGCCGCUGGGUGAGGGGUUGCUCUGCCGGAGGCUGCCGCAACUUCCCAGACACUUUCUGGACCAACCCGCAGUACCGUCUGAAGCUCCUGGAGGAGGACGAUGACCCCGAUGACUCGGAGGUGAUCUGUAGCUUCCUGGUGGCCCUGAUGCAGAAGAACCGGCGGAAGAACCGGAAACUGGGGGCCAACCUCUUCACCAUCGGCUUCGCCAUCUACGAGGUUCCCAAAGAGAUGCACGGGAACAGGCAGCACCUGCAGAAGGACUUCUUCUUGUACAAUGCCUCCAAGGCCAGGAGCAAGACCUACAUCAACAUGCGGGAGGUGUCCCAGCGCUUCCGCCUGCCUCCCAGCGAGUACGUCAUCGUCCCCUCCACCUAUGAGCCCCACCAGGAGGGAGAAUUCAUCCUCCGGGUCUUCUCGGAAAAGAGGAACCUCUCUGAGGAAGUUGAAAACACAAUCUCCGUGGAUCGGCCAGUGAAAAAGAAAAAAACCAAGCCCAUCAUCUUCGUUUCGGACAGAGCAAACAGCAACAAGGAACUGGGUGUGGACCAGGAAUCAGAGGAGGGCAACUCAAGCCCUGAUAAGCAAGAGAAAUCCCCACAGCCACAGCCUGGCAACACUGAUCAGGAAAGUGAGGAACAGCAGCAAUUUCAGAACAUUUUCAGGCAGAUAGCGGGUGACGACAUGGAGAUCAGUGCAGAUGAGCUCAAGAAUAUCCUUAACACAGUUGUGAACAGACAUAAGGACCUGAAGACACAAGGGUUCACGCUGGAGUCCUGCCGUAGCAUGAUUGCUCUCAUGGAUACAGAUGGCUCUGGGAGGCUGAACCUGCAAGAGUUCCAUCACCUCUGGAAGAAGAUUAAGGACUGGCAGAAAAUUUUCAAACACUACGACACAGACCAAUCUGGUACCAUCAACAGCUAUGAGAUGAGGAAUGCAGUCAAUGACGCAGGAUUCCACCUCAACAGACAGCUGUACGACAUCAUUACCAUGCGAUAUGCAGACAAACACAUGAACAUUGACUUCGACAGUUUCAUCUGCUGCUUCGUCAGGCUGGAGGGCAUGUUCAGAGCUUUUAAAGCAUUUGACAAGGAUGGAGACGGUAUCAUCAAACUCAAUGUUCUAGAGUGGCUGCAGCUCACCAUGUAUGCCUGAACCAAGCUGGCAUCAUCCAAGGCCACGCACAUCAUUCAGGAUUUCAAUUUCACCCAACACAGCUAGAGCCACUUACCUCCAAGGAUGCCGUAACCGCACCCCUAGCAGGCCUCCGGGCACCUGGCAGUCUUGUUCCUCCUCCACUUCACUCCCCACUUGGCCUCAGGGCAUCAGUCCAUCUGUAAUGCCCAGACU